UAUACAAAUAAUGUUAAGGAGUAAGCAGAUUGGUUCCCUUACCAAGUCUGCUAGGUCAUUUUUUGUUAAUGGUUCUCGAAGUAGCGGAGCGGAAGGAAGUCCUUGUCCUUAUCCUGGAGAUGAAACUUAUGAUGCGAGGAAGCAGCUCAGAAAUAAUGGAGUUUUGCUUCCACACAAGGAUUUCACUUUCAGUUCCAAAUCCUCAACAAGAGAUGGAGCUAUACCUUCUGGGGAUGCAAUUGGAGCAAUUGGCUGUAAGACUGAGAACGCUUCCAAAUCUUCAACAAGAGAUGGAGCUAUACAUUCUGCGCAUGUUACAUCUCUUCCGAGCCCUGCAUUGAAAUUGGGUUCUGGAAGUGAUGUGUGUGGUAUUCAGAAAGAUCCGUCAACUGCUCGUGUUUCAGUUCAGUUUGUCAAAGCUGGUAUUACUGCAGUUAGCCUUCUAUCUGACUUGGUAAAUUACAAGAUUCCUUUAUCAGAUGGGAAAGAGGUACUCCACAACAACACAAACUGCAUGCUUGAUCCUUCAAGGCCCAUCUCCAGCAUAAGACCAUCGAACAUAAAACCAGUGAAAAGAGAGAGUUUCGUCACUGUUGAUAGAAGACCAACCGUUGUUGAGAUAGGACGUGGUACAACUUCCAACGUUCAUUAUGACGCUCAAGCAGAAAAGUUUGCUCCACUGAAGACUACAAGUACAAACCAUAGCUCAAGUAACAAUAUCCAGGAUAAUUCAGCUAAGAAUCAUAAUGUACCUUCUGGUACUCAAUAUCUUCAGAGGCAAUCUGAGCAACAGAAAUCCGAACUUACUUCUUACGGUGUUGUUUCGAAUCCUAAGUCCGGACAGGCAUCAGAACCUAAGGCUGCAGGAAGUGCCUCUGAAAGCAUUAGAUCUGGUUCACAUAAUGUUCAGAAGCCUUCAAUGUAUGCAAGGAAGCCAGCAUGUUUUAUCCCAUUGAGUAGGCAUAAUGUGAACACUAGGCAUGCUGUAGAGCGUGUUUUAAACAUUUUACAGCAGCAUAACUGGGUCCCUUCUGCAGAAGAGGCUCUCGAGAAACUCAACUGUUCGUUGGAUCCUUAUCAAGCCAAUCAGGUCCUGAAACAGCUACAAGAUCAUUCAACUGCUAUAGGGUUUUUCAACUGGUUGAAAAGUCGUCCUGGGUUUAAGCAUGAUGGGUAUACUUACACCACAACGGUUGGCAUUCUUGGGCGUGUUAGAAAAUUCACUUACAUAAAUCAAUUACUGGAUGAAAUGGCGAGAGAUGGGUGUUUACCAAAUGUAGUAACUUAUAAUCGUCUGAUUCAUAGCUACGGCCGUGCAAAUUACUUGAAUGAAGCAUUAAAUGUUUUUCAUCAGAUGCAAGAAGAGGGCUGUGAACCAGAUCGAGUUACCUACUCUACGCUUAUUGACAUCCAUGCGAAAGCAGGUUAUUUAGAUGUAGCAAUGGACUUGUACGGGAAAAUGCAGUUGGCAGGUCUCUCUCCUGAUACAUUUACAUACAGUGUCAUUAUCAACUGUCUAGGGAAAGCUGGGCACUUGGCUGCUGCUUACAAGAUCUUCAACGAGAUGGUUUCUCAAGGUUGUGUUCCUAACCUGGUCACGUACAAUACAAUGAUUGCUCUUCAAGCCAAGGCAAGAAACUACACUUGUGCCUUAAAAAUUUACCGGGACAUGCAAAGUGCUGGAUUCUUACCUGACAAAGUUACAUUCAGUAUUGUCAUGGAGGUUCUUGGGGUAUGUGGACAUCUGGAUGAAGCAGAAGCUGUAUUUGCAGAAAUGAAGCGGCACAAUUUGAUACCAGAUGAACUUGUUUAUGGUAUCUUGGUUGGUAUGUGGGGUAAGGCUGGCCAUGUCGAUAAAGCUCGAGAAUGGUUUCAAGCAAUGCUCAAUGCAGGCCUCCGCCGUAAUGUCCCUACAUGCAAUUCUUUACUCAGUGCUUUUCUCCGAAUGCAACGGUUAGCUGAUGCCUAUGAUCUGCUGCAAAGUAUGUUGAGAUUAGGUCUGAACUCAUCUCUUCAGACCUAUACUCUGCUCCUCAGCUGCUCUACUGAUACAACAUUUCAUAUUGACAUGGGUUUUUGCUGGAAACUCAUGGCAGUUACUGGCCAUCCUGCCCAUACAUUUUUGGUAUCAAUGCCAUCACCAGGACUCGAUGGUGGACAGAACGUGCGGCAACACGCAAGCAACUUCCUCGACUUGAUGCACGAAGAUAGAGAAAGUAAAAGAGGGAUUGUUGAUCCGAUGAUAUAUUUUCUCCAUAAGUCAGGUCUUAGAGAAGAAGCUGGAUCAGUUUGGGAGGUAGCGGCUUUAAAAAAUGUGUACCCGGAUGCAGUUAGAGAGAAGAGUUCCUGUUACUGGCUUAUAAACCUUCAUGUUAUGUCCAAUGGAACUGCAAUUACAGCAUUGUCAAGAACUCUUGCUUGGUUCCGUAAGAAGAUGAUUGCAUCAGGUGUUGGACCAAGCAGAAUUGAUAUUGUUAAAGGCUGGGGCAGGCGUAGUAGAGUCACUGGAUCAUCUCUGGUCAGACAGUCUGUGCAGGAGUUGCUGGAUAUGUUUCAGUUUCCAUUUUUACCCGAAAAUGGUAACUCAGGCUGUUCUGUAGGCAGCGGGGAUUCUCUCAAUCGAUGGCUAUACCAAUCAUGUGUUGAGCGAAUGCACCUACUGUAGCUAGCUACUGGUACUCUUCCUUCCUUUACAGGGUUCAUGCAAUUUUGCAGUUCGUCAUGAACAUGGGGACACAUUGGGUGUUGUCCAUUUUUGUUAGUUUGUAUAUAGAUAAUUAGGUUUUUAUUCGCUGCUGCUAUCUGUUAUCAUCCACAUCUUCUAUUUCUUCACCAUUAUUAUCUAAUCGUGUUUAAAGCCAAGUAUGGGGUUUAAUGAGCUUGUGCCAUGAGUGGAAAUAAGAUCACAUUUCCUUUGCUGCUUGAAGGCAUUUUACAGUAACUCUAUCAAUCUGAUCUGAUUCCACAAAUACAAGUGUUGAAAAGGCCAGGAAUUAUCAUACAGGUGUAGUGAUGCUUGGGAGAUGAUGAGGGGACUUCAAUGUGGAGGUUAAUUUUGUUCACCUGCUUCCUGGGUGUGUGGUCGAUAAUUUAACGUUGCACAUGCUUUCCUGGCCGUUACUCCUUCAACUGGGUGGAGGAGAAGCUGAUGGUAAACUGUAAUUGAAUAGCAUCGGGCAGGGAUUUGCAAUGCGGCGUCUGUUGCAGCGAUUUUGAAUGUGGCACUUGUCAUCCCUCGUUUUGAAUACCAUAACAUCUGGCAGGAUUCAAGUGAUUUUGGAGAUAACUAAACAUUUAAUGUCCGCACUUGAGGGCCAUGGAGGGUGAUCAGGGUUACCUAAGGUAUUGAUGGAUCAGGGAGUUAAAGCUUGGGCUCCAGUAAGCUAUUAUUUGGGAGAAGUCCAAUCUGUCUUGCAUGAAGGAGUUAUCCACAUAGCCCUGUCUGCAAACAGACUGGCGAUGAAAAUUCCACCCAGUUUUCGGUAUGGUUGACCAGUCAUAAAACCUUCAAAUUUGCUGAUCCCAUCUCAGAGCUUGCAGAGCAGUUGGUUCACGCGUGAAGAGUACCAAGACUGGUGGAAAGUAUGUGGCAGUCCACCUUCGUUUCGAAGAGAUUAUGGUGGCCUUCUCACGCUAUGUCUAUGGAGGGGAGACUGAAAAAAAUGAAAAUGGAAGCUGCUUGUGAAAAAUGGUGGAUGGACAAAUUCAAACCCGAAACUUGCAUAAUUAGGCCUGGCCUGAACCAAAUCAACAGAAAACCCCCCAUGACUCCCUUAGAGGUGGGGAUGAUGCUUAGGGGUAUUAGUUCUGAUAACAACACUUCAGUAUUUCUGGCAUCUGGCGGAGGGAUCUUCAUAUUCAACUCUUGAGUAAUUUCAUGAUGUCCAGGAACUGGAUUUGUGUUAUCUGCCAUAUAAGAGAUACCCACCUUCACGGCUUCCAUAUUUUGUGCAUUCACCAACCAUUCACCAGAAGUUGCAUCAUGGGUACUCCAAAACAGGGGUUCUAUGUUCUAAGAAUACGUUUAACUUGCAGAGUGUCAAGUCAUGUUGUAUUAGGGCUCCUAUGUUGUACCUGC